AAGGCAGCAAUUCUCCAAAUAUUUGAACUUUUACACAAACAAACUCUUAUUUAAUAGUUUAUUAAAUAAUAAAAUGAAAACAAAAAAAAAAAAACUCCUUCCAUUCCACUAUUUCAGUGCAGAUUCCUAGAACCUACCCUUCCAACCUAUAAAUGGAUCGAUCGAGAUUCAAAGCAAACCGAACCCCUGUCCGAUUACUGAACAGACUAUUUGAUUGAUAUUUAGAAUCAAACACUCGCACAACCCUCUGUCUAAUAAUUUCCUGAUGGCGCUGAGAGAACCAGAGGUAAUCACGGACAGGGACCAGAUGAGAAGAUGGUCGAGGACGAUGAGGGCCCAAGGCAAGACCGUUGGUCUCGUACCCACCAUGGGUUACCUUCACCAAGGCCACAUCUCCCUCGUCACAGAAGCCCGGAAGCACACUCACUUCAUUGUGGUCUCAAUCUAUGUCAACCCAGGUCAGUUCUCUCCCUCCGAGGAUCUCUCCACAUACCCAUCUGAUUUUAAUGGCGAUCUUCAGAAGCUUAUGGCUGUUCCUGGCGGUGUUGAUGUUGUUUUUCGCCCCCAAAAUCUAUAUGACUAUGGGGUAUCUGGCUCUGGUAACAACAGGAAUUGCGAGCGUGGUGGGGUUGUGUCGUGUGUGGAGGAGAGGGGAUUGGUGCAUGAGACUUGGGUCAGAGUGGAGAGGUUGGAAAAGGGUAUGUGUGGAAAGAGCAGGCCUGUUUUCUUCAGAGGGGUUGCCACUGUUGUUACCAAAUUGUUCAAUAUAGUGGAACCGGAUGUGGCCGUGUUUGGGAAGAAGGAUUAUCAGCAAUGGCGGAUUGUUCAGCGAAUGGUUCGAGAUCUUGAUUUUUCGAUCAAGGUGAUAGGUUCUGACAUAGUUCGUGAUCAUGACGGCCUUGCGAUGAGCUCCCGAAAUGUGCACCUCUCAUCUGACCAGAGGCAAAAGGCAUUGUUGAUAAACAGGUCACUGUCUAGAGCUAAAUCUGCUGCAGAAAAUGGUCAAGCUAAUUGCAGUGCAUUGAGAGACUCGGUCAUCCAAGCAAUACAUGAAGUUGGUGGGAAAAUUGAUUAUGCUGAGAUUGUUGGGCAAGAAAGUCUGGAAGCAGUGGAAGAGGUAAAGAGUCCUGUUGUGUUUUGCGUUGCUGCCUGGUUUGGAAAUGUCAGGCUUAUUGACAACAUGGAAAUCAAUCCAUGAGAGCGUGUGCUCAGGCUUCAGUUUUAUUUAAGUCAUUGGUGGUCAGCCAGUCAUGUUAUUUGUUGCCAUAUUUCUCUAAAGCUUUUCUUUUGGCAGAUUAUUUCUUAUUUAUAUUAGCUUCCAUAUGAGAUUUUACAAAGUCUGAAAAGAGAACGAAGCUUAAGAAAACAUUUCAAUUUUCAAUGUCAAGUGCCUGCUAGAGUCUUGUUUGAAGUCCUUCAAUUUUCUGUGCAAGAUGAUGCAAUUAAUAAAGCCUUCAUAAUUACGGUUCUGUUAAAA